UUUUUUUUUGAGCAAUGUUUAUAACGACCAUCCAGAGACUCUUAUUUAUAAAUGACUUGUUUACGCGUAGCGGGCAUGGAGCUGGCUUUGUGUGUUGCAUGUGUGCGCACGCGCAGGCAUAUGUACACUUGUGUGUGUGUGUAACCGUACUGUAAACUCUUGAGCGAAAGUCCAAAUGGCCACACCUGCCUUUUAGUGUGUGUUAACACGAUGUGGAAGUUUUCGAUCGCCAUUCCUUUCAUUGUUUUAGCUGCGCCACAAUGACAAUUUUUACGACAUUAGAAUCCAAGUUGACCUCUCUUCAUCCGAAAUGAAAUGGAAUCCUAAUUCAUGUCAUUGCUAACCACGUGUAUACGUGCCGUGUUGUUAUCUAUGAUGUCAAAAUGACUGCCGUGGAAAAUGAAAGAAAUUAACAAAGCUAGCUCCGGUUUUGUAUGUAUGUGGGUGCAUGUGUUCCAGAUGGCUUGUGCCUCAAACCAGCAAAAAAAAAAAAAAAAGCGUCACAUUACAGCCUGCCUUUGUCUUGCCUCCCACAGUACGUGUGCGGCACGCUCAUGUGUGUGUGUGUGUGUGUGUGUCCUAUUUUUGUGGUCAUUGUUUCCUCUGGAAAUGGCAAGAUUGGCAGAACGUUUUUGCAGAUGUCCAAGAACAUGCCAGGAAGUUGAAGUUCAACUUUUAAACACUUAGUUUUUUUUUUUUAACAUUAUCCUUGAAAAUAAGAGGCCGACAGAUGAUUUGAUCCUAGAAAAAAAUAAUAAUAAAUCUGUCUGGACUGUACAAGCACGUGUACUCUCCAUAACAACCCAGGCUAAAACUUUUGCUCCUUUCUUAUUGAGGCACGACUUUGUCGCCAUCUUGUAGCUUCUUUGGGAGGUUUACAAGCACAAAAAAAAGAUGUAAAAGGUGAGUUUUUAAGUGAAUAGUUAGAUAUAGGUUCAACGGGGGAAAAAAUUGAUACCGUAGCGUUAGCUUGGAUAUAGUGUAAUGACGUCAUAAUGAGCAGAUGUGCCUGUCUGUGUGUGUGUGUGUGUGUUAUGGAAAGAAAGACAGGCGGUCUGUCUUCCAAGAGAGGACAGCUGGCACCUGUUCAUCUGAACGGGAACAACACACACACACACACACACAAUUCGUUCCAACCACAUUAAAAAAAAAAAAAAAUCACAUUAGCCAGUGCUGGUAUCCCUCAUAUUCUGAACCAUCGGUUUGCGAAUGACCAUCCUCGUCGUUUCCAAACGCCGUCACCUCAGCAGAAGUCUACCAACACACACUGGGGUCUUUGAGAUGCACUCAAGUAACCCUUCGGGCACCUGUUUUUUUUUUUUUGAGCGCUCGGGUAAUGAAAGGAAGGCAAUGAGCGCGUUUCCACAUUUCAAAAUAGCGCACUGCGUCACAUAAAGAACAAGCGCGCAAAUGUUCCCUGUGUGAAAAGAGGCCCUAUUGUCUUUAACAUCACGUCAUUGACCACAAGUGUGUCACGUUGCUUGAAUGGACCAUAAAACAAUUGUUUUCUGUUUUGGGGAUCGUUAACUCAUUCAGUACCAGCCAAUCUAGACCAAGUCUGAAAAGACGUUUAAAAACGUCUUUGGGAGUGAAUGAGUUAAUGAACAACAAAAAACCCCAUUAAGGAGAGAAAUACAAAAAAAGAGGACAGAAAACGGUGUCCUAAGUCUUACGAUGGUCCCGAUGUCCGCGGUUUCGAUGCAUACAUCAAUCGCCAGUUUAUUUCGCAAUAAAUAAAUUAUUAGGGAGUCAUUGAUUGAAUUGGUAUGACUCGUUGGUUGUUCCUUUUAUUAAUACGGGAUGUUAGUUGUUUUUUGUUGUUCAAUGACGACACGCUGUGUGGCCUGGUGGUGCCGUGAAUCGGUAACGAGUGUCCGCUCUCGUCAAUUUAUUGUUUGGGUGGAGGAUCUGAAUCACUUCCCUGUGGACAAACUCGCACGUGUGUUUACGUGCUUUCUUUUUCUUUUUUUAACGUGUGCUUAUGUACGAUUUAUGGCCAUGUCAAACAUUUAUUUGUGUAUUUUUUUGUGGGGGCUUUUGAUGAAGUUCAAUGAUUAACUCCCACUGUUUGCUCAUGUUCUGAUCGUCAGGUGGAACCGCCACUCUGGUCCACAAAUCUCAACACGAAGACAUUUUUGUCAUUCCUGGCUAGGCAUGCGUUACAUGAAACGGUUAAAAAGGGGGUCGGAAUGCGCGUUGUCAUGUAAGGUAGGAAGUCAAUCGGCAGUGGGAGGAGAAGCUGAUAGGAGAUCAGUAGAAGUAGAACAGCGGCUUGAGGACAAAUCCAGUGGAAGGCCGAAGAAGCUUCGAGGCCAAGGUGAAGACUUGCGUGAUGACAGGAGGGGCCAGAUCGUUGCUUUGGGUUCAACUCCGAAGGACGGGCCACUACAGCGUCCAGCAGAAUCACGGUGCUCUUCCCGAGGACAACCCAAGUGCGGAGAGCCAGCAGCCCAGGCCUUCCGUGUGCUCCAACCCUGGCUCCAGCCCCAGACGCAGUCCUCAUACUAGGUUGCGACCGCGGCCGCCAUGUCAACGCUGCAACUCCCAGGACUCCUUGGACGAGCUGGAGAUGGAUGACUACUGGAAGGAGGUGGAGAACAUCAGUCGCUCCGCGGAGAAGGGGGGCGGCGAGGGUGGAAAUGAGGAAGAGGAGCAGCAAAAACACCCCGACGAAGGUGAGCAGGAGGAAGCGUGGCUCACGGAGGCAGGGCUAGAGCGAUUGUUUGAUGGUUCACUGGCAGCCGACCAGGAGCAGGAAGAGGACAGUGCCGCGUUUCUUUCCACACUGACUCGAGCACAAGCGGCAGCGGUGGAGCGGCGGUUGACCUCGCUACACCAGACACUGCGACGGCGCAACCGGCAACCCCUGCCCGACGUCCGGGAUAUAUUUCGACUGCCCGAAAAGGACAAAGAGCCACGUGAGGUCCAAAAGGGAAGUGAGAGCCCGCCAAGUGACGCCAGCUCAACCGAACCGGAGACUGUCAUGAACGUGGACGUGGCGUUCUCGGAGCAGGCGCUCUCUUACAGGGACAACCAACCUCGCCUCAUGGUCAAAAUGAGCCCCAACUCGCCGGAUGAUAAGUUACCGAACUUCAGGCUUCUCAAAGAUAAAACCGGUCAGACCAGAGUUGGGCAUCUGUCUCUGCCGGAUAUGAAAAAGGUACGAAGGUUCGCGCUGGUGGAGAUAACGGCUCUUUUCGACACGGGCGGCAUCGAUCUGAAAGCGCACAAGGCUGUCAAAGUGAAGACGAAAGAAAGCGGUUUGUUUGGGGUUCCUCUCGUCACUUUACUGGAUCAGGACCAGCGCAGGGUAGCUGGUACCAAAGUGCCUUUCAUCCUUCAGAGGCUUAUCAGUCAUAUCGAGGAGGACGGAUUAGACACAGAGGGCCUGCUUCGAAUCCCCGGCGCCGCCACAAGAGUCAAGUCUCUGUACCAGGAGCUGGAGUCUUGCUUCUACGACGGCACGUUCCCGUGGCACCAGCUGAAGCAGCACGACGCCGCCAGCCUCCUCAAGUUGUUCAUCAGGGAGCUGCCGCACCCUCUGCUGACCGUCGAGUACCUCAACGCCUUCAUCGCCGUCAACAAGCUGCCCACCAAGAAGCAGCAGCUACAAGCGUUGAACCUGCUGGUCCUCAUGCUUCCCGAAGCCAAUCGGGAUAGUUUGAAGGCGCUCGUGGAGUUCUUCCAACGUGUGAUCGAGCACCAAGCCAAGAACAAAAUGACCCUGAACAAUGUCUCAGUCGUCAUGGCGCCCAAUAUCUUCAUGUUCAAAGGCUGUCGCUCAAAGGUCACGGAGCAGCAGGAGUUCUCCAUGGCGACCGGCACCGCCAACAUUGUACGGCUGCUCAUUAGAUACCAGAACCUCCUGUGGACUAUCCCCAAGUUCAUCCUGACGCAGGUCCGACAGCAAAACAUGGAGAGCCAGCGCAAGCAGAACAAAGAGCGAGCCAUGCGAAAGCUGCUGAAGAAAAUCACCACAGACAAACCGCCGGAGAGGGCCGCCCCUGAGCCCGAGAGCGCGCAGGGAUUCAUCCGCGUGCAGGCACCGCAGUUCAGCAAAGUGUCCAUGGUCCUGCAGCUCACCGAAGACCUGCAGGCGGCCGACGUCCUCACGCGCUUUCUCAGCCAGGACAGCGCUGUGGAAGUGAAGCGAGAGGACUUGCGUCUCUAUGAGAUUGGUGGAAACAUCAAGGAGAGGCGUCUGGAUGGGGAAACCUUCAUGAAGGACCUCUUCCAGCUCAACCCCGCAGCCGAGUGGGUCAUCAAAGCGGCACAGUGAAAAGGCUCCUCUCCAUCCAAGUUCUUCAACCAGUUGUCUGCUACCCGCACAGUCCCACCCCCAAAGCCUUUUAAACCACUUGAAGUGUUCGGACUGGGUGCAUGUAUUUGAUUUAAAAAAAUGACACUUGGUUUAUAUCCCGUGAAAUGUUCAUAUUUAAAGCAGAUUUAUAACCACUAGUUGUCCUCUUCACUGCCUGGAUGGUACUCAAGAGGUUGUGGAUGGUUUUGAGCAAUGACCUGCAUAAUCUCAUAAGCAGCGAGUUUGACCCCCCCCCCCCAA